CGGAAAUCAGGUUCUCUUUCCCGGCGGUCUCCGCGCCAAGAUGCCUGACAGGAGCUUCCGGUGGGGAGGCGUGAGGCUCCGCCGUGGCGGGUGUGAGGCGUGAAGGUCGGACCCGGGCGGGGGUCCCGCGGAGCAGCGCGUCGCCGUGGAUGAGAGUGUCGUUGGGAGAGAGGAGGUCCCCGAGCCCGGCAGGGAGCCAUGGCCGCGGUGGUGGCCAAACGCGAAGGGCCGCAGUUCAUCAGCGAAGCGGCGGUGCGCGGGAACGCCGCCAUCCUGGACUAUUGCAGGACGUCUGUGUCGGCCCUGUCGGGUGCCACGGCGGGGAUUCUCGGCCUGACCGGCCUGCACGGCUUCAUCUUCUACUUCCUGGCUUCCGUCCUCCUCUCCGUGCUCUUGGUGUUAAAAGCCGGACGGCGAUGGAACAAGUACUUUAAAUCCCGGAGGCCGCUUUUCACGGGGGGGCUUAUAGGAGGGCUUUUCACGUACGUCCUGUUCUGGACUUUCCUGUACGGCAUGGUUCACGUCUACUAAAACGACUAGGAGCCGCAGUAGCUGCAGUGGUUUUUAAUGAACCAGAAAGACUGUUGCCAAGAGUCAUCUACACAACUAGGCCAGCUUACCUUUUAAACCGUUGUUCAUCGCUUGUCAGUAAAUUAUGUCCAAGUACAAAUGAAUCGGUAGUACUGUUCUAAUUAAACUGAAUGUGAAACACCA